AUGGAGCGGGGUGCUAGAGCCAACAUCAGCCCGCUACACGUCCUCGUCCCUGCCGCUGAGCGGAGCUCGGAACUUCCUCAGGCCCCGGCGCACCCUGCACUCCCCGUGCAUUCGAGCGACGGGCCGGUGUCCUCCCUGCACCUGUCACUGGCGCGGCUGGCCUUCGGGGCGCCCUGGGGCGGACACACAGCUCGCUGGGACCCUGCCCGGGGCAGCCCGCAGCACCCCGUUUCCCUGCAGCGUCUAGCCCUCUCUGAGGUCGGCGGCUGUGUCGCGUCUCCCUGCGCGGGUUCUUGUGGUCCGCCAGGUCCCCGUGCCAGAGCUCCCCGCGGGCGCGGACUGCUCGAGCGGGACCGGUGGGGCCAGGCUCCGCGGCCCGGAACGCGCGGGAAGGGCCCCGGGACGGGCCGGAACGCCAGGGCGCUGCUGCUGCAGCCCGGCUUCCGCCGAGUGCCGCUGCGGCUGCAGGUGCCCUACGUCGGUGCGAGUGAGCGGCAGGUGGAGCACGUGUUGUCGCUACUGCGAGGCCGUCCUGGAAAGAUGGUGGACCUGGGCUCUGGAGAUGGCAGGAUUGUGCUGGCCGCCCACAGGUGUGGUCUCCACCCGGCUGUGGGCUACGAGCUGAACCCGUGGCUAGUGGGGCUGGCUCGGCUGCAUGCCUGGAGGGCGGGCUGUGCCGGCAGCGUCUGCUACCGCCGUGAGGACCUCUGGAAGGUGAACCUGAGGGACUGCCACAACGUGUCUGUGUUCCUGGCCCCUAGCGUGCUCCCACUGCUAGAAGACAAGCUGCAGGCAGAGCUGCCUGAAGGGGCCCGAGUGGUGUCGGGGCGCUUCCCCCUCCCCACUUGGCAGCCUGUGGCUGUGAUGGGUGAGGGUGUGGACCGCGUCUGGGCCUAUGAUGUCCAUAGUGGUGGGUCAGCUGCUCAGGGUUCCCCAGGACCCAGUUCCGCCUCAGUCCCCGGGGUCCCCAGUUCUCAGGCCGGCUGAUCAUCUGGACACAAUAAAGACUCGGUGGACUCCA